AUGCAAUUAAAAUUCACAGGAUCGCGGACGUUUGAGAAAACUCAACUAAUUGCUGGAUUCAGUCGCCUGAUGAAAUCAUCUGAACUCUUCGUUUUCUGUCUGUCCGUUACCGUGUUAAGUGAUACAGAAUUGGCUCUCGAGCCGGAGCAGGUGUUUCUAGAUGACGAUGACUACACACGAGCCCCAGCCUCACCUACAACGGUACCCAAUGUACGCACAUACAGACCACCUUCUACAGGUUCUAACAUAAUGAAGUCCCCCCGAACGCCUCGUGUUCGUACUGCGUCUAUGUCGCAGUCAAACAAACGGACAGCGGCGGGUAGCAUUUUACACGCGGACAGACGGACCAUAUACACCGCGGGCAGGCCCCCGUGGUAUAACUGUACCGGGGGCCAGGAAGUGGAACCUUUUCUUAUAGGUAUCUGUGGAGCGAGCGCGUCAGGGAAGACGACUGUAGCUGAAAAAAUAAUAGAAUCUCUGAACAUACCCUGGGUCACGAUCGUCAGUAUGGACUCCUUCUAUAAGGUGUUGACGGAAAAGCAGCAUAUAGCGUCGAUGCACAAUGAAUACAACUUUGAUCAUCCGGACGCGUUCGAUAUGGAACUGUUGGUGGAGGUGCUGCAACGACUGAGGGAGGGGAAGAAGGUCGACGUGCCCAUAUACAACUACGUGACGCACUCACGAGAGAAUAGGACGAAAACAAUGUACGGAGCGAACGUCAUCAUAUUCGAGGGUAUCCUGGCCUUCUAUAACACGGAGGUGUUGAAGUUGUUGGACAUGAAGGUGUUCGUGGACACGGACGCUGACAUCAGACUCGCGAGGAGACUCAGGAGAGAUAUAGUUCAACGCGGUCGAGAUCUCGAAGGUGUGUUGAAGCAGUACAUGACGUACGUAAAGCCUUCCUAUCAGAGUUACAUAGCGCCGUGUAUGGCGCACGCGGACAUUAUAGUACCGAGGGGCGGAGAGAACAAGGUGGCGAUCAGCCUCAUAGUGCAACACGUACACAAACAACUACAACUGAGAGGCUUCAAGGUCCGUGAGAAGUUGGCGGUCGCGCAUAUAGGUCAGCCAGUACCGGAUUCGCUGUAUGUACUCAAAGAUACCCCGCAGGUCCAAGGCCUGCAUACAUUCAUCCGCAACAAGGACACUCCUCGCGACGAGUUCAUCUUCUACUCCAAACGUCUAAUGCGGCUGGUCAUAGAGUUCGCCCUCUCACUCAUGCCCUACUCCGACCACUCGGUGGACACGCCGCAGGGAAUACCGUACACCGGUCGUAAGUGCGACGUGGAGAAAAUCUGUGGCGUGUCCAUUCUCAGGGCGGGAGAAACGAUGGAACAGGCUGUGUGUGAUGUGUGUAAGGACAUACGGAUUGGGAAGAUACUCAUACAGACCAACCAACAGACAGACGAGCCAGAGCUAUACUACCUGCGACUGCCCAAGGACAUCAAAGACUACCAAGUGAUCCUGAUGGACGCCACAGUAGCCACAGGCGCGGCCGCCAUUAUGGCUAUCCGCGUGCUGCUCGACCACGACGUGCCAGAGACUAACAUCUCGCUGGUGUCGCUGCUCAUGGCUGAGAUCGGAGUGCACUCCAUCGCGUACGCCUUCCCGCAGGUAAAAAUCGUAACAUCAGCCCUUGACCCGGAGAUAAACGAAAAGUUCUACGUCCUGCCGGGGAUCGGCAACUUCGGAGACCGAUACUUUGGUACGGAACCCGCGGACGACGAGUGA